AUGGGGGACGAUGAUCUUACUUCUUCGAACACCGCUCCCAUCACCAUCAAAUUUGAAAUCCACCCUGCCACCACCGUCACAAAUAUCAAAACCCUAAUCCCCUUCACCUUAGAAAUCGAGUCCAGUCAAUACUCAUCCUGGGCAACCUUGUUCACCCUUCACUGCCGGGCUCACUUAGUCGAAGACCACCUCAAAGCCAAACCUGAAACAACCACACCCGAGUCAUCCUCUGACUUGGCUACCUGGAAUCGCUUGGAUGCCAUCGUGCUGCAAUGGCUCUAUAGUACAAUCUCCAAUGAUCUUCUCCACACCAUAAUCGACAAAACGUCCACCGCCCAUGACGCGUGGGUGGCUAUCGAGAAUCUGUUCCAUGACAACAAGGCAUCUCGGGCUAUUUACCUCAUGCAAAAGUUCGCUAAUACCCGACUGGACGGCUUCCCCAAUAUCUCGGCUUACUGUCAAGCCCUCAAAACACUGUCGGACCAACUUGCUAAUGUUGAUGCAGCUGUGACUGAUGAACGGCUCGUUCUCCAACUCAUCGCCGGUUUGAAUGAUCAGUACGAGGGUAUUGGUACCAUCAUCACUCAACAGCGCCCUCUACCCUCGUUCUACAACGCCCGUUCUCAACUCAUACAGGUUGAAACCCGCAAGAACGAGCAGGCCUUGUUAUCCUCCAAAACCGCUUCCACCGCCCUCACCGCCCAAGCAACCCGACCUGCCGCUGAGUACACCCGGUCACCCUCCGACUCCUACCGUGGCCGUGGCCGCUCUGGUCGUCGAGGCCGUGGCCGCGGAUCAUAUGGUCGCGGACGUUCCAACCACUCCACAUACUACCCACCCCAACCAUACUAUCCGUGGGCACCAUAUUGGCCCACUCCUCCUCAACACUACCCUUACGGCCCAUCACAGCAGCCCAACACUUGGUCUCCUCCACCUUGCCCCUACCCUUCAACCAACCGGCCCAACUCCACUACAUCACCACAGCCACAAGCUGGCCUUCUUGGCCCACGUCCUCAUCAGGCCCACACUGCUUACAGCCCAACUGAUAUUGAGCAGGCAUUAUACACCAUGUCGUUAUAG